AUGAGUUUUGAACUACCGCAAUACAGCUUUAGCCACGCGGGUGAACCUCCAACACCCACCAAAACGCCUACGUCUCCGAACUUCUUCCUGAACUCAUUCCAAACACCAAAACAGGGUACGAGAUUCUAUGGUCCUCAAUCCCCUUGGAGUCCCGCCUUUCACUCGGUGGCGAGUCCUGAUCUAAAGACACCGACUCAACUGAGCUUCACGACACCUACCAAAAGCCCUACAAAGAUCUCGGAGUUUAAAAUACCUUCCACAGGCCAAGACCUCGAGACAGAAAUAGCCUCCCAUGUACAUCAUUUGUCACCCAACCCCAGCCUGCCGUUGCCCCCGGUAGAGCCGUCUCGCCAACUAUCAUCCUCUCCCAACCCUUCUUCGACCUCAGAAUCCAAGCGUCGUCGCUUAAACACGGAUGAGUUUUCAAUAACUCCCCUGAAGACCGGCUUCGACCAUUCGGCUGGUACAGCUAUGAACUCGGCUGGAUCAAUGCAGACUCCACCUCCAACGAGUACAUCUGCUUCACGACGAAAAGCACAACAAGCUCAAGUAGCUCAACUGGUUAAAGAAUCUGCAGAAAAGGGCAGAAGGAUGUCAUUUCCAAACUUUGGAAAGGGUGAAGGCGCUUAUGGCUCAACUUCUCAGGUGGAGCAAUCACCGCAACAGUUCCCUGCCCUACAAUUCUCCCCAGAUGGCUUUGGCUUUCCAAUGUCUGGUCCAGCUACGGCGCCUGUAUAUCCACAGAAUAAGCUGUUUUGGGACCCUGAGCAAGGCGACACAAUGAACAUUGACUUUCCAAUGGACGACACCUUUACUGCUUUCGGGAUGGGGCUACCAAAAAAUUUGGAUCCCUUCGUCUCACCAUCGGAUCAUGCGAAUGGAAUGCAGUUCCCAACCUCGCCAGCCUUCAAUCUUAUCAAUACUAGUCACGAAGAUAUCGCAACGUUCCCACGUUCAUCGUAUGCAGAACCGCCCAGUCACACGAUCACUUCAGCACGAGGGAAGUUUGCUGGAAAUGUCGUCAAUCCUAGCUUGCUUUUUAGCUCACCUGGUAAAGCUGCCGACGUUGCAACUAUGCCCGUUGUGAGCCAGGCUAUACAAGAUGAUGUGCUUCGGCCGUAUGCACAUCAAAUGCGUGAUGCACAGAUAGAGCUUGACAUGCAACUGGCCCGAAAACCGAAGAGAAAGCGAGCACCUGAGGUUGAUGAUUCGCCAGCGGUAAAAGCUGCUCUCCUGACGUUACGUGACGAUCAGACAGGCCAAUCUGGUGUUGAGCGUGAUCACAUUGACGAUGUCAUCGAAGCUAGAGCUAUUGCUCGUUCCCGAAGUCGAAAUUCGUACGGGCAUGCGAAGGAGCGUCGAGAUACUGGCUCAAGAUCCCUCCAACAUAGACGAAGCCUGAGCCGCAUACGUGAUUCUCAACGGAAACGAUCCUCGGUCACUCUGACUGUUGAUGCCAGUGGCAGGGCAAAGACCGUCGUGGGAGAUGACACCAAACAUGCGUCCAAAAGUGGAAUACAGGUGGACAGUGAUUCUGAAGACAGUGAGAGCGACUCGUCGUCGUCAAGUGCUGAAAUGGUGAUGAGCCAGCCCCAAUCCUUCGCUUUCCCUUCUCAAAGGCAAAAGCAGCCAAAGUUUGGACGAUUCUUCAAUGAUCCUCAAUCACACUCGCAGCGUACGUCGUACACGUCAACGCUGGGAUCGGUCAGCACAGCCCAGCCGUCAUCUACGCGGCGAACGUCCUCCAAUCUCCAUACACAGCACAGCUCUCAGGCUUACAGUGGCGCCGGCAGGAUUGAAGUGGAAAGCGAAGGUGAAACGAUCAUCGACACUGAUGAUGAUAAAGGUGACGCCCAAUCUGAGCUGAAGAAGGUUCUCCAGUCGAGGUCGCAGAAGAAAGUCAGCAAGCACGCAACACGGUCAGGGUCGAGGGAUGGUUUUACAGGUCAGCGCCGAGCAUACCCCUUGCCAGGCGGCCCUUUACACCCAUAUUACACCACUGGGUCCCACACUCCGGGUCAUCAUGCAUACCAGGACCCAUACAGCAACAUCUCACCGACCACAAUCACAGAUCCUGACAUGUCAACCCCAACCACGGGUCGGGAGAGCAACGGCAGCGGCGACAGUACCCGCUGCGUUUGCCAUGUUACCGAGGACUUUGGUGAGGUCAUGAUACAAUGCGAAUCCUGCCGCAGAUGGCAACAUGUCUCGUGCCUCGGGUUUGACCCGAACAAGCUGCCCUAUGUCCAUCUCUGUGUCUUCUGCACAGGCUCAACCCCCAAUGUUCGCGGAGGACGUGUACGAGAGCCGGCAAGGGCAGCGUUUGCGCCACCAAGCUCACCCUUGGCACAUAAGCCUCAUCGAUACAGAUGA